GAUUAACGCUAUCGGUCAUUCUGAGCUGUUCAUAAUACCAAUACAAUACCCUUUUCCCCUCCAAGCAAUAUUAUAUUCUCUUGUGCAACUACAUCCUGACCCAGAAAUCAUAAGAUCUUUAUACGUCUCUCUCCAAAUCGCUACUCAUAUCCCUCGGAAUACAAUCUUUCACUUCUGUCUCUCUUUCUAUUCGAUUCACCACUUCCUCUUGAAUCCACUCAUUAACCGCAAAUUGACACCCAAUCGCUCCCGCUACGGUCGUACCUUGAGCAGUUACUUAAAGAGUACAGCAGCAGUAUAUCUUUCGAACGACAAAGAAGAAAGAGAGGUAAACAACCAUUUGAUUACAAAAUAGUCUCGACUUCGGAUACGGAAAUAGAAUCUCAUACGAUCUAUUUCUUGAGAAGCGAUCAAAUCUUUUACAUUUCCCCCAAUCCAAAUUCAAAAGAAACUCGCCCGAAUUUCAUUUGAUCUUCAGGAUGAACCCUUUGCAAAAGAACAAGAUCGAUAUUGCAUCCCUCUCCCCGGAUGAGCAGCGACUCUUCCGCCUCUAUGGCAAACUCCCCAGCAAAGCCGAUCAUUUAGCCAAACAACUCAAGGAGCGUAAAUAUUUCGAUUCUGGCGACUAUGCACUCUCCAAAGCCGGCAAGGCCUCUUCCGUCGACACUGGUAGCGUUGGCUCCGAACAUCCUCUCCCAGAAAACAUCCCCCAUCUCUCGUCUCCCAGCGUUGGCAAUGCCGCACAAGGCGGUUCUGGCAAUACAAAUGUAGGACCUGGCUCUGCACAUCAUGGUAGCAUUGCGGGAUUGGGAUUGGGUCAGCAGAGUGGAAGUCCAGUGAAGGAGAGCAGCUAUUUACAUCGCGAGACAAGCAUUGAUGAGGCAGAUAAGAAGAAUGAUGGAAACACACAGCAAGCAGGAGAUGGCAGUGUUAGUCCACCAGUUGUUCAGGGAGGUAUUCCAAUCAACGGUUAAGGGUAUUUAUGUGGGAGGAUUUAUUACGUGUGCGUGUGCGCGGGAAUCGGCGUUUGGGCUAUUCAAUGAUAUGAUGAUGAUCUUGAUGGUUUAAGGGGAUGGAGCAUUCUCUGUACAUUUUCGUUUUUUUAUGCCAGCUAUGAUAGUCGAGCUAUAUGCCAAUACGAAAUGAUGGAUUCA